GUUUGACCUCAACAGAAAUAUAAAAUCAAAAUAAUAUAGCCACAUUAUUGUCCUCCAUGGCACCUCGUCUGUGCCAAAUGAAAUGAUAAGAAACCACAGGCACACCGCAGGCUUUGACUCCCUUAAAAUGUGAAACACUGACAAUCUCCAAAAACAGGACAAACUUUAUUGCUGACAUUUAAACGUCUGUACACCUGAAAACAAUUAUAAAACCAGUGACUGUACAGUAGCACUUUGGAUAAUACUAACGUAAAAAUUACAUUGUAUGAAGAGACAAUAGAUAGGCAAAAUAAACCACUCCCCCCUUUUGACAGCCCUCACUGGCCAAUGAGAGGGGAGGAGGGCAUGUGUGGAUAGAGUAUAAGAGAGAUGACAUCCAGGUGGAACAUCACACAGGUGAGCAUUCACAUUCUGACAUCUCCGCCUUUUAAUGCCUGAGGAUAUUACUUUACUGCACCACACGCAGGAGUGCGCCUUCGACGGGUACGUCGAUCUUUGCUGUGCUUAUUCGCCAAGUCAGCUUUUUUUGUCGUUUCUUUUCAUAUGAUGGUGUCUGAUAAGUUAGAGAAGUGCUGUUGAGUUUAUGUGUGACGGCUUCUUUCACUUCUCAGUUCAUGUUUGACAAAGUUUUGACCACUGGUUCAACUGAUGAGGUCGUCUUCUCUUUCCAGAUCAUCCUUUUGGUAUGCUGACAGAAAUGGAGACGAUGGCUUAUGCAACCGAGAUCAAGCUAAGUGGAGGCAGGGGAGCCUGGAGUGGAGUGGCUCCUUCCUCCUGCCCUGAGGUUGACCUGGAAGUCAUCGAGGAGUACCUGCAGGAGCAUUCACUGGAGGUCCAGCCUGCACACACGCCUGCAUCACCUCUGACCUCAAUGGGGCAACACAUACACUCCCACCAAGGCAGCAGAAUUAUAGAGAAUAGUUGGUCAGGUCAGCAUGCUUAUGAGUGGCACUGUGGCUCUCACAGUGAGGAAUACAGACAGCAGCCCCAAGCCUGGCCUAGUCCCCAUGACAACCAGUGGGGACACAUAGCAUAUUCCGAUGAGGCAUCUGGAUACAUUGAUCAGAUUCCCAGUCCAGUAGCUCCCAGUACCAGGAUUCGCCGUCACCCAUCCUCUGACACAGGGAGCAGGAAGGACAGAGAUCCCCUGCCUCUUGCACCACUGUCAGGAAAGAGGAAGGAGCGGCUGUUCCAGUUCCUGUUUGAGAUGCUUCAGACGCCAUCGAUGCGUAGCUGCAUCUGGUGGGUCCAGUCCUCCUCUGGCACAUUUCAGUUCUCUUCCCAAAACAAGGAGAGCCUGGCCCAGCUGUGGGGUCGGCGAAAGGGGAAUCGCAAGCCCAUGACGUACCAGAAGAUGGCACGGGCUCUAAGGAACUACUCUCGCACAGGCGAGAUUCACAAAGUUAAACGGAAGCUCACUUACCGCUUUGAUGAGAAGACGCUAAAAUGUCUACAGGGAGACUCAAAUACAAAGUAGAAACAAUGAGUCUAUAUUAGCAUAGAAAUAGAAUAAGGACAAAGGAUGUCAAGGGAAAUCACUUUGGGUGUCCCAUGAAUCUCGUGUCUGCUUAUUAUAGUUCUGUGGCAUUUUGAAUAACAAAUGAAUACUGAGUAUUUGAAAGCCAGAAGCGGAUGCACCGUAGCUCAGAGUCAGUUAUACAUACAGACCCACAUUGUAUUCAGUGUGAGGGGAAGAACUGUAAAUGCAAACUUCAGGUACAGGCUAGGUGGGAGAGGUGAUCUGGCUUUUAUCAUGUAAAUCGAAAAGGUUAUUGUAGAACAUCUACUUUAUAAGUAGAACUUAAAUCCUUCAAAUAAAAGUAGCAUAUUUCUCUUCUUUGUGUGUGAUUCUGUAUCGCAGAUGUUUAGCAGAUACAGUUUACAAUCAUCUUCUUCAUUUUGGUUAAGAAAACAUGAUCUGUUUGUGUCAAAAAUGUCUUUUUUAUGAUAAAAUAAAUCUGCACAUAUUUUCAGAACAUCUGACUAUAUGCUUGUGUGUGUGUGUAAAAAGGUAAAGAUAACCCGCACAGUGCAUGUGGCUCAAAUAAACACAGACAUGGACGGACAGACCUGCACCCACAGCCAAAAUUGUAUGCAAAGUGAGCAUGCAAGGAAAAACCGCCACUAAAAACAGACGUGUUAAUCAGUAACAUCUAAAGAGUCUGCACACACAGAAGCGAGCACACACAGAUACACACCCUAACUUUGAUGAGAAGUAGACUGUUUUUCUAUAAAGCUGCCAAACUGAGUGUCAAUCCCAAGUUAAAUAAACAAUAGUACCUAUUGUACUAUUGUACUAGUACUUGAUUUAUAAAACACACUCACAGCUUUUGUUCCAGUAGUUUCUUCGUGCCACAUUUGCAAUGUCAGGUAGUAAAAGUGACUCAUUGGUGUAUCAUGUAUUGUAUUUCUGUAUGAUUUUGACCUGUUUCGAUACUUUCAUUCCAAAAGAAAGGCAGAAAAGAAAUUCGACCUUUUCCUGAAAUCCACGUUUCCUUUACUGCGGUUACCAAGUACCUCGUGGCUUAAAAUUUAACAGUCAAAACUGAGUUCAUAGAUCAUUCUCUCCACUAGUAAAGACUAGUGAUUUUUAUCCUUAAGCUGUAAGGCUCAGAGUAAAAUGCAACUGUAAUAGAAAUUCAGUCAGGUAAUAAACAUAACCAUUAUAUGUCAUUAAAAACCUUUGUCUUUAUGGGACUUUUGUUUGCAUGAAAGCUUUCGCUUUUGAUUCAUUCGAUACGUGUUGCUGAGGACACAUCUCUACUUGGACUUGUCGUAACAGAACUUUUAAAUGUCAUCUUGCUGCAACUCCAACUUUCUUUCACCCCCUGCAGCACGAAACACACCCCUUUUGUGGAAAAGCCACAUUUACAUUAUUGGGAGUAGGGAAAGGCUCUUCACUUACUGAUGAAAUACAGAUGGCGUCUCCAUGGAGUGCAUGCCUGUUGUUCGUGCACGUACAAGCGCAUGCAUGUUCGCAUAUAAAAAGUAUCAGCUCAGUGCCUUUGUUGCUAAAUUGAAGGCAAAAGGAACAAGAGACAAACCAUCGAAUGUGUUGGAUGUUACUCAGCUGCCUUCGAGGAAACUCGUUCUGUCAUUCGUAACAGCUUCUGGUUGUCUUGCUCUAAUGGCUGAAUGGAGCUGGGUGGCCUACACAGUACUGGAAGUGCUUAUUGCUGCAGCAUGUUGCUUUGGUAACGUGUUGGUGAUGUGUGCUGUGUGUUUCGGUAUCCGGGAUUCCCUUCGGGAACCAACAUUCUGCUUCCUCGUGUCCUUGGCAGUGGCUGACUUCCUUGUGGGUGUGGCCGCUGUGCCCCUUGCAGUAUUAUUGGAUGGCUGGGUGAGUCUAAUCCCUGAGUUGUGCCUGCUUCUCAGCUGUGUUGUGCUGGUGUUGACGCAGGCAUCUGUGCUGUCACUGCUAGCAAUUGCUGUGGACCGAUACCUGCGGUUGCACACACCACUCAG